CUUCCGGGCCCCGUGGCUUUUGGUUGUUUAGGCGCGAAUUCCUGAGUUCGACUCUCAGACGCAUUUGAGAAGAUUGAGAGAGUUUUUUAAAAAAAGCAGCAUAAUUGUACUAUUUAGAUCAAGAUGCCUAAUAAAGCAAAAGCUUCCAAGGAAAAGUCUCAACAAUUAAAAAAAAGUUCAAAAAGAAAAAUUGAUGAUGAAGUGCCCUUGUCAGAGAAAGAGGUUAGAAGCACAAUAAAAAGAAGUAAAAAUCAUCCAAAACAUAUGUCUUCUGAAGGAUUCCCUACCUCUCUUCUCCCAAGGCUACGCUUUGGUUUUACACUUCAGUACAGGCAAACAAAUAUUAAUCUAAAACAGAUAAAGAUAGCAUCCAACAAGAGAAAAACCUGGCAACCUCUUUCAAAGAGUGUGAGGGUACAUUUGCAGACUAUGAUGGAAACAGUGAUAAUAGCAAUUUUGAGUAAUACUAAAGAAAAAGAACAAAUUCAGAAUCAUCUCAACUGUCUGAAGAAAAGGUUGCUACAAGUGUGUGAAACCCUGAAAGCCCCUCCCCAAAAACUGAAAUUUUUAACUGAUGUGUCAAGUGUACUGAGAAUUGAAAGAGCAGAGGCCAGAGCUAAUGAAGAAGGACUGACAUUAUUACAGGAAGAAAUAGAUAAAAUAGUACAGACUACAGAAUCAGUGACUGGGAAUAUUCAGAGUCUGAAAAACAAAAUUGACAUUCUGGAGCAUGAGAUAGAGGAAGAGGAGGAAAAGGCAAAAGAGAUGCUUCAACUGGAUAUGCAUAACACACUUUCUCUCCCAGAGCUUUCUCAGCGCAGUCUGAAAACCCCCACACUGCAGAAAGAAACUUUGAUGCUAAUUCCGAACCAGAAUGCUCUUCUGGAAGACUUGGAUGCACUUCAUAAUUCAUCUCACAUGAAGAACAUGGCAGCAUUCAUCGAAGAAGCCUAUAAGAAACUAAAUGCCCCUUAGAGAAUAUUUAAUAUUGUUUCCUAUUAAUUUAAUGUUUAUAAAUUUGUAAAACUGUUAACCUAUGAUAUAUAGAGGCUGAAGCUUCUGCAGGAUUUAUUAUCCUCUAAUAUGCACUUUAAAAUUUGAUUGUGUGAGCCUAUCAUUGGUGUCUAACAUAGUCCCGAAAACUGGGUUUUUA